AUGCCAGGCGCAGCAUCCAUGAUGGAUCAAAGCCUCUUGCAUGUCGUCGAGAAGCAUCCUAUUGGGGACGGCCUGAAGGCUUUUCGCGACUCGUUCACCCCAAACGCAAUAGAACGACUUAGCCAAGAAGAGCUUCAAAAUUGCAUUCUCAUUCUCCUGUCGGCGUUACAACUCCAUCCGGCUGCCCGACUCCUUCGCUCCAAUAAUGGCAGCUCGGUCUUCAGCGAAAUAUCGAGCCUUAGCACUUUGAUUACAUCCGACGCAUCCGACGCUGACGAUUUGAUGGGCAGUUGGCUAGCUACACAAGGCGACGGACAUUGUUUCGUUGCCGCGUCUUGCCCGCGGCGGCGACAGACGGCAUUCCUCGCGGCCACGUAG